AGAUGCAGAACUUUAGUGCAAGAAAAAACGGCGGUUAGUUUGUAAAUUGUUUUUCGCAUGGUGUUGUUUAUCCUAAAAUCGUUUUGCCUAGCAUAUAACUGUCUACAACACAUGUCGAUAUUGUAAAUUAACCUUAUUUUAUUGCAAAGACGGUCGGAAUACAGUAGUGUCUCCGUAAAUAUUUUGAUCAUAACCUCAUAAAAAGUAGCGUCCCUGUGCCGUGGCGUUCCAUUUCCAAGUGUUUAUCUCGAUAUCCUGGCUUGCCAGCCAAAUAAACUAGCAGUAAAAUGCGGCAACGGUCUAUGUCCGUUUUUGUCCCGAAAGACGAUAAUCGUUUUUCGAAAAGAUUUGAAGGAGUUGUUUCGGAUAAUGAAGAACAAUCGGAUUUAGAAAGUGACAACGAGUCAAAAGGUGACACCAAACCAGACUUCCGGACGGGCUGGACGAAAACAGAUUAUGAUGAUUUGCUCGAAAAGUUGAAAAAUUUGCUUCCCAAGAAGGAUACCAAGAAAUUCACCAGUAGGCUGCAAGCGAUCGACUGGAAAGAAAUCGAAGUGCGACAUCAUAGUCCGGAAGAUAUAAAACAGACGGUCGAUGCUGUGCUUGCUAAAAUACGUCGCUUUCGAACGCUUGGCGAAAUGCUUGCCGAUGCGCCGGAUAUAAUCAACAAGUUGCUCAGUAAGGAGAAACCCAAGCCUCCGGCAUCGGCUUACACCUUAUUCAUGAAGGAAAAUUUUCCGCGCUGGAAAGAAGCUAACUUAGACAUGAAAGACGUUUUCAAAGUUGCAUCCAAAGAGUUUCGCGAUAUGUCACUCAAAAAAAGGCAGAAAUAUGAAGAAGCUUCAAAUCGAUUGAAGCAAGAGUACAAAACAAAUAUGGAAAAAUAUUAUGCGGAGAAUCCGGAUAUGGUUUCUCAGAAAGCUAAGAGAACAAGGACUAGCAACAAGCAAUUGACUAAAACACCAUUCAACCUAUUCCUGUCAUCACGGCGGGAAACAGAAGAUAUAACAUUGGCAGAAGCCCGAAAAGAAUGGGAAGAUUUGCCUCAUAAGAAAAAGCUUAAAUAUGUUCAGCAGUCGUUUGCAGCGCAAAGUACAGGCAAGUGGCUUAAUAAAAAAGAACAGGAAAUGCUUGAUCGAUUCAAUGGUAAACCGGACUUCGUUGGUAGAAAUGCAUUCGAAUUUUACGUUCGAAAACAUCGAUCUCAGUUCGAUGCAUCAACUAUGGGUGGUAAAAUUGUUCAGCAAAAGAUACGAGAGGAGUACCAUAAGCUAAGCCCACGCGAUAUACUGGACCUGAAGGAUGAAUAUGCUUUAGCUAGAGAUCAAUACAUAACUCAGUAUCGUGCUUUUAUUGCCAACCUGCCGAAGGAUAAGCAGGAAGCUGAACUGGAACAUCUACGAAGUUUGACGGACAAAAGUUCAAAACCAAAACAGAAAGUAAAAGACGAAGUGACCAAAUCGAAAGAGGAACUGUAUCCCGGAUCUAACGAGGAAGAUCCGCCGGUAGCAGAAUCAACAACCAUCAAAAAACCCACCAAGAGUAAGAAACAAAAGCCCACGGACUUGCCGGUGAAAUUGGAGCCUGUUCGAGAAAAAUCACCGAGCAAACGACCAAAGCAAAGUUCACCGUUGCCAUCAUCGCCAAAAGUGGUAGAAGCGGAUGCUAGCUCAUCUUCGAACGCUAAAACCAAAAAACCAGCUGAUAAAAAGAAGAAGAAUGUUGAAGAUUCAAGCAGCGAUACCCUCGCGGCAGUGACGACCAGUUCCAGUAAUAAUGGAGAAACUAAGAAAGCACAAGCGACAAAGCGUUCAUCAAACGAAACGGCAAUGUCACCGGUAGAGAAAAAAUCCAGAAAACAAACGAUCAAGGAAGAAACGAAGGAUCCGCCGAAAGAACCAGAAAAACCACCGGCCACACCAGAGGAGUUCUAUCGGCAGCGCAUCUACAAGGGCAAGGUCGGCAAGUAUAAGGAAUCCUACGCCAACCUGUCGGCAGCAAGAAAACGCGAAAUUGCUGACCUACUUAAGCAAGCACAGACGCGGUACAUCGUCGACUUCGAAAACUUUCUGAAAUCUUUGCCUCGGGAUGAGAUUCGACGGUACAUUCAGAAGGCCAAAACGCAGAAGAAAGAAACAGCGGAUGACGAUUCCGAUGAAGAUGAGACGGAUGAGGAGGACGACGCUGAAGACAAUGAUAGCAGCAGUGGUUCGGAGGAAGAAAGCGACUAAUGUGUGUGUGCCAGGAAGAUAGUACCGACUCACUUUAAAAUGCUAUUUUUUAGCAGUUUUUUGUUACUGGAUCAAUAUUUUGCCAUUAUUGACAAAUUCAGUGAAUAGAUUCUUUUAUUAAU